CUUCCGCAUGGUCGGAGGAGGUAGGCAGUUUGUGUGUUAGAGGGCUGAGUUCGGGAGGGUGAUGGGCGCAGACCCCCAGGGACUCACGUACCAAUUCAGUCCGGAUUCCUGGCCGGUGGCGUGGGUUGCAGGCAGCAGUGAUAACUCCUCUUCUGGUAGCAGCUUGUUUAAAACUCAAUGUGUUCCUUCCUCACCUAAACGGAGGCAAAGAAACCCCAUUAGAAAAAUUAUUCAUUCACCCGAAAGCGUUCAAGCAAGAGAUUCAUCAAGUGACUCAUCUUUUGAGCCAAGACCAUUGACUUUAAAAGCUAUUUUUGAAAGAUUUAAGCAAAAGAAACGUAAAAGGAGGAGGAGGAAAUACAAGCCAACGGGAAGACCAACAGGAAGACCAGUGGGAAGGAGAAACACUAGAAUCUCACAAAUAUGUAAGAAACAAUUUAAAGAAAGAGUGCCUGGGUUCCCAUUUUUAGAAUCAGAGAAUGGAAGAAAACAAUUACCUUGGAGAAAAAUUUUAACCUUUGAGCAAGCUGUUGCAAGAGGAUUUUUUAACUACAUCGAAAAACUGAAGUAUGAACAUCAUCUUAAAGAAUCAUUGAAACAAAUGGAUGUUGGUGAAGAUUUAGAAAAAGAAGAUCUUGACAGUCGUAGGUAUAAGUAUUUGGAUGAUGAUGGAUCCAUUUCCCCUAUUGAAGAGUCAGCAGCAGAGGAAGAGGAUGUGACACAUCUUGAAAAUGAUGAGUGUGAUAUCAAAUUGGUAGAGGAUAGUUGUUUCAUAAUGUGUUCUGAAUUCCCAAAGAUGAGUGUGUAUUUAGAACAAGAAGUUGCUUUAUCUAAAAAAAGAGCUUCAAAGGCUAAAAACAUUGGACAGAGAACACAGUGUCCUGAAAAGAAGACAGGAACAUAAAUGUCAAGAAGGCUUUUAUCUUCAGAAUAUGAUGUCUGAAAUUGGAAGGUAUUGGCAUAUCCCACAGAUCUGUACUGUUGUUGAAAGUAAUAGCUUAGGAAUGAAUAUGAUUUAAACUCUUCUAUUAGAGAGGGUGUCAGAAAAUUGAGAACAGAGCAGAUGGGGAAUUUUUGAAGUUGUCAUCAGUUUGUCCAUAUUAAAGUGGAGAUAAAAGCCCACAUAAAAGAAUGGGCUAAAAGAAUGACUGUGGAUUAAGCAUCAGUUCUUUUAAAAAGGGCUGUCUUGAGGAGAAACCUUGACUGAAGCUUUAGACGUGACCUUGAUGGGCAGCAGCAGGAGUCACAACAUGUGAAAUUCCUUGAAUAGAAAUUUAUUAACUUUAAAUAAUUUUGCCUAAUGUCACAAAUAAUUAAACCCUUUACGCUGUUGUAGAAAGUCA